AUGCCCUGCGCGCCGCUGCCCGCCGCCGCCCGCCGCCCUCAGCCGCCCGCCCGCAUGGCAGCGCCCGGCGCCGCCGCCUCCCGAGCCCUGCCCGCGGGGCCGCCACAGCGCGGCGGAGCCGGGAGCGCGGAGCCAGGCGGGCGGCGGGAGCCGGCGGCCGCAGCGCCGGGGGGCGGGAGCGGGAGCGGGGCGGGGCGGGGCCGGGCCGCCCUCGGAGCAGCGCCCCCGGCGGCGGGACGGCAGCGGCACCGCCCGCAGGCCGCAGAGGGUCCUGCCCGACGGAACGGACACCACGGCCCCCCAGGGGCGGUGUCCGCGGUGCCGCUCAGCGCGACCCUGCCCCGGUGUCCCCGGAGCUUCGCGCCGUGCCCGUGCCCGUGCCCCGUGCCCCGUGCCCCGACGCUGCCGCUGCCGCUGCCCCUGCCCGUGCCCCGGCGCUGCCCUUGCCUGUGCCCGUGCCCGUGCCCAUGCCCCGUGCCCCGGCGCUGCCCCUGCCCGUGCCCGUGCCCGUGCCCAUGCCCCGUGCCCCGGCGCUCCCCGUUGCUGCGGAGCCGCGGCCGGGGGACGGAGCUGGCUGAGCACGGAUCGGGAUCGCCACCGCGCCUGCGCACGGAGCCCGCCCUGCCCCGGCCCGGGCCCCGCCACCGGUGCCCCCUCCUGGCUGCGGAGCGGAGCGGGGAGCGCUGUGCGGGCCCGGCCCGCGGCAGGGGUGACAAUCUGGGAGAUCAGCAUCUCAACAAGAGACAUUCUCCUGUUUCUGAUUCGUCAGAAGAGAUCAGGAAGGCUGCUGAGGAGUCUCUGCUCUCUUCUUCAAGCACUCUCGAUGUCAGCCGAAAAAUUAUUACGCAUCUCACUGAGGAAAUGAACCAACUGCCCAACAUAAAGUACCUUCAUCUGGAAGGAAAUGUCAUAUCCACGCUUCCCGAGGAUUUGUUUCAAAAGCUGCCACAUCUUGUUUGGCUGGAUCUCCGCUAUAACAAGAUUAAAGCUCUUCCCCCUGGAAUCGGUUUCCACAGGCAAUUGAAAACUCUGCUCUUAGAGAGGAGUCCUAUAAAAGAGCUACCUGCAGAGCUCAGACACUUGACUUUGCUGACAGCCUUGAAUCUGAAACACUGUCCCCUUGAAUUUCCUCCUAAAGAGGUCAACAAAAGGGAUUUAAAUCCAUCCUGUCCUUUCUUCGGGAUUCUGGGAAUGGAAACCUACCCUGGAUGGAGCCAGCUGCUUCAGGAUUCAGGGAACCUCCUGAGUCUAUGGAACCAAACCUUUGUGCAACUCAGCAUCUCCCAGCACUGCAGUGGAGUAAAAAAAUGCUUUGGGAAUGGUGCAGCCAGGCAAAGCCGAGGAAAGAAAGAAGCGUUUAGAUUCUUACCUACAAAGGCGGAUAUGCUACCCAAAAAUGCACCAUAUGCACCUGAUAACAUCAGUUAACACACCAUGAACAAGAGAGCUGAGAAACAGGACCCUACACCUCAGAUAGUGGAAGAAUGGAUGCUGGAAGUAAAGGGUGAAGCUUCAAGAUCCCGCUGGGAAAAGAAGCUGGAGCAGCACAUCAAAGAGCACACAGCAGUGGUGAAAGCAUGGGGGGCAGGAGUUAAAAGGAGCUUCCCAAGCGGAAAUGAAGAAAGCAAAACAAGAUGGUGAGGCAGUGAGUAUCUGCUCUUUGGAGGCAGGACAGCGGCCGCAGGGCUCUGUGCUGAUGGACGUUGUUGGCUUGACAUUUCCUUAACCU